AUGCUCGGCCGCGUCUUGCCACUUGUGCUGCUCACCUCUUAUGUCUUCGCCUGGGAGACGUUCGUGGUGCCACAUGCUGACGGUCAAGACGACACACCUGCGCUUCUCACUGCACUGGCUACAGGAAACUACUCUGCUAACGCGACCAUCUUGUUCGCGAAGGGGGCCAAGUACAACAUCUUCACCCCCGUAAAGUUCCCCGUCCUCAAUAACGUAGAGGUACGGAUCGAAGGCAACCUGAGCUAUCCCGACGAUAUAGCUACUGUACAAGGUAGGAUCGGAUUCCCCGGUGCCUGGUUCGCAUUCAGUGGCGGUAAUAAUGUGACCCUUCGAGGCUCCGAGGAUCCGGAGUGGGGCUGGGUGGACGGCCAUGGCCAGGCUUGGUGGGAUGCUCAACAGCAAACCAAUCGCCCGCAUGGAUGGGCCUUCAGCAAGAUCACGAACGGCGUCAUUCGCGAUAUGAAACUCUGGAAGGUAAAGCCAACGUGCGAAUGCAGCUCCAGAUUUCGUGUGCUGAUCUAA